AUGCGGCUACCGCGGCCGUCUUGGCUGCCCCUGGUAACGCUCGCCUUCUUCGGAUGUCUGGCGACGUCGUCUGCACAGGGCUACCCUUGCUACCAAGAGGGCUUCUACCGGGACCAGGACCACUGCGGCCGGUUUUACCGCUGCGCCCCCGUGCGGAACCGACCGGGUGUGUUCACCCUGUACACCUUCGGCUGCCCUGAAGGCACCGCCUUCGACGAGUACCAGCGGGUAUGCUUGGCCCCUCACUCGGAAGACCCCUGCUUCAACCAGGUGGCCAGGGCACCCGAACCACCGCGGCGUCGCGUCAACUAUCCGGCGCCCGUUCGGUCCAGCUUCCGAGACGGUCAUCCACUGCCGUGCCGCGGAAAUGGAUUCCAUGCCCACCCGUACGACUGCAACCGCUUCUACCGCUGCGUCCGCUACGAGCAGGACUCCUUCUAUAACGUGUACGAGUUCAACUGCCCUGAGUCACUCGUCUUCGACGAGUACUCGGGCACGUGCAACUACCCGGAGAUGAGUUACUCCGAGUGUGUCAACACACAGUUCCAGAACAGUAGCAGCAGCACCUGGAGUGACCGAGGUUCGGACUCCAACACGGACGGUUCACCUAGCUGGUCUCAGCCUUCCCAACCCACGGGAGAAGGCAAUCAACCCUCACCCGACGGCGGGUCGACAGCAGAAACGCACGAUCCUAGUCAAGGCCAACAGCAAGGUCCGUCAGAGACGCCGCCCUGUACGCGAGAAGGCUUCUUCGCCCAUCCAGACGACUGCAACAAGUUCUACCGGUGCGUAAGCGGAGACACGGGAUCCUAUGUCGUGUACGUGUUCAGCUGCGGCCCGACACUGGUCUGGGACGAGGCCGAAGACACCUGCAACUAUCCCCACGCCGUUUCGGGACCCUGUGGAACGGGAGCUGGAGGGCAGCCUUCGCGACCUUCGCCGCCUGUUGGACCACCUCCGUCAGGAGGCAGCGCGCCUCCGGGAGGUCGUCCAGGUCAAUCGUCUCAGGGUGAAGGUACAGAGAAGCCUUGCGACAAGGAGGAAGGAGGCACACCAGGAGGAGGCGCACCGGGAGGUGGAAGACCUGGUGGGGGAAGACCUGGUGGGGGAAAACCUGGCGGUGGAAGGCCUGGAGGUGGCAGUUCUGGCGGUGGAAGACCUGGAUCUGGCAGUCCUGGUGGUGGAAGACCCGGAGGUGGCAGUCCUGGCGGUGGUAUGCCUGCCCCGGGCGGAUCGCCUUCAGGCCAAGACCUACCGUGUCCGAACGAGGGCUUUUACCGCAACCCGACUAACUGUUACCGGUUCUACAGGUGCGUCAAGAGAGAAAACAGUGGUGGCAGCGGCAAAGACUAUGAUGUCUACGAAUUUAAUUGCCCCGAAGGGCUCGUGUUUGACGAGAGGUUCAGCGUGUGCAACUGGCCUCAUCAGGCAGCGCCGUGUGAUGAAAGUAGUGGCGAACCGGGACAAGGACAGGGUGGACAACCAGGACAAGGUGGACAUCCUGGACAAGGAGGGCGACCAGGACAGGGCGGCCGACCAGGACAAGGCGGACAACCUGGAGGCCAGGGAGGGAGACCUGGCCAGGGUGGUGAACCUGGUCAAGGUGGACGACCUGGACAAGGUGGACAACCUGGCGGACAAGGAGGACAACCAGGACAAGGUGGAAGACCAGGACAGGGUGGCCAACCCGAACAAGGGGGUAGACCUGGGCAAGGUGGUCAACCGGGACAAGGUGGCCAGCCUGGACAAGGAGGACGACCAGGGUCGGGUGGACAGCAAGGACAAGGUGGCCAACCCGGAGAGGGAGGAAGACCAGGUCAGGGCGGCCAACCGGGGGGACAAGGUGGCCAGCCCGGACAGGGAGGAAGGCCAGGCCAGGGUGGUCAACCAGGUCAGGGACAGCCAGGGCAAGGAGGGAGGCCAGGACAGGGUGGACGUCCAGGUCAAGGACAACCAGAAUCGGGUGGGCAGCAAGGACAAGGAGGUCCUACCGAGGGUUCGAGUCCAAGCCGGCCUAGCCCAGCAGAGGGCGGUCGAGAUCAAGAACCAACAAAGCCGCCCUGCAAAGGGGAGGGCUUCUUCAGGCACCCUGACAGCUGUUACCGAUUCUACCGCUGCGUAAAUUCAGGCAGUGCUAGCAACAACUUUGUAGUAUAUGAGUUCAACUGUCCCGAAGGUCUAGUAUUUGACGAGCGCUAUAGCACCUGUAACUGGCCCUCUGACGCACCCCCCUGUGACUCGGCGAUGCCGCCGUCGGAAGGUCAGGCCCCGUCCAGGCCUGGAGGACGUCCUGGAGGCCCCGGACAAGGCGGUAGUGCCGGGCAGCCAGGACAGGGUGGAGGUCCGGGACAACCGGGACAAGGAGGACAACCAGGACAACCGGGGCAGGGAGGGCAACCAGGGACCCCAGGGCAAGGUGGACAGCCUGGAGGCCCAGGCGGAAGGCCAGGCAAACCAGGCCAAGGUGGGCAGCCUGGAGGCCAAGGCGGAAGACCAGGUCAGCCAGGACAAGGCGGACAACCCGGAGGUCAAGGCGGAAGACCUAGUCAGCCAGGUCAAGGCGGUCAGCCUGGAGGUUCAGGACAACAGAGUCACCUACCGUGCCCAAACGAGGGAUUUUUCCGCAACCCCGAUAACUGCUACCGCUUUUACCGCUGCGUCGACACCGGCAGUGGAUACGUAGCAUAUGAGUUCAACUGUCCUGAAGGGCUGGUGUUUGACGAACGGUUCAGUACCUGCAACUGGCCUGAUGCUGCGCCUCCUUGUGACCAGAAACCUCCACUAGGCAGACCAGCUCCUGGCGGAAAACCCGGUGGCGGGAAGCCCGGUGGCGGGAAGCCCGGUGGUGGGAAGCCCGGCUCCGGAAAACCAGACACUGGAAAACCAGGUCCUGGAAAACCUGAACCAUCUCCAUCUCAACCUGGCUCUACGCCUUCUGGUCCCGAAUCUUCCCCCGGCAGUACACCCGGUGCAGAAACCACUGGACCUGGUACUGGGACGACGGGAUCCCCCACCGACAGCACGGAAACGACUGUCAGUGGUACAGACAGCACUGGAACCACACCGAUGGGUACAGAUGGCACAGGAAGUACUGGAACUACUCCAAUGGGUACAGAUAGUACAGGGAGCACUGGAACCACACCAGCCAGUACAGACAGCACUGGAAGCACCAGCACUCCAACGGACAGCACGGGCACGACUCCGACCGGAACAGAUAGCACAGGUUCAACGCCUACAGGAACUGACAGCACAGGAACUACUCCCGCUGACAGCACAGGAACAACUCCAGGCGGUACUGACAGCACCGGGUCAACGGGUACCGACAGCACAGGUUCCACUGGUACUCCACCUACUGGUACUGACAGCACGGGAACUACCGGUCCCGCUACAGACGGGACCACAGAGAAGGACUGCGACAAGACCACAAAGCAACCGCCUAGCGGCGGGGGCAGACCAGCGGCUGUCAAGGAACCCAAUGGCAAACCUUCAGAGCUCAGCUGCCCCCGGACAGGUUUUUUCAGACGCCCGGGCAACUGCAACAAGUUCUACCGCUGCGUCGACUUCUACAUGACCGGACGCAAUUACGUUGUGUACGAAUUUGACUGUCCCGAAGGCCUAGUCUUUGACGAACGAUACAGCGUAUGUAACUGGCCCGAACAAGCAGCUCCUUGCGAAGAAGGACCGCCACCUCCGGGGCAAGCGCCUUCAGGUCCGGAAGGAGGAUCCCAAGAAGGAGGAUCACCUGGAGGUCCAGGACAACCUGGGGAGCCCGGUGAACCAGGACAGCCUGGGGGACCGGGCCAGCCUGGAGGUCAAGGGCCACCCGGAGGUCAAGGACAGCCCGGAGGACAGGGUCGACCAGGAGAGCCCGGUCAACCUGGAGUCGCUCCCCCCGCCACUGAUGUCACCUCGCCAAAGCAGCCGUCCACGCCAGAGUCUACGGGACUCCCGUGCCCAAGUCAGGGAUUCUUCAGGAACCCGAGCGACUGCCACCGUUUCUACCGAUGCGUUGACCUCUCAAGCGAAGGCAAGGGAUUCGUGGUCUAUGAGUUCGACUGCCCCGCUGGACUCGUCUUUGAUGAGAGGUUUAGUGUAUGCAAUUGGCCCGACGACGCGGCUCCUUGCGACGGCGGUCAAGACGCGCCUUCCACCGGAGGCGCACCUCCGGCCGAACAAGGGGAGACUCCUAGUCAACCACCUUCUGAUGGUGACACUCCUAGUUUCCCACCUUCAGAAGGCGAGACUCCAAGUUCCCCGCCCUCGGGUGGCGACACACCCGUCUACCCACCAACGGAAGAAGAGACACCUAGUUACCCUCCCAGUGGAGGUGGCACUCCCAGUUAUCCUCCGACAGAAGGCGGACAGCCGAGCCCGCAACCAAAUCCCGAAGAACCGGCAGAUCAACCAGCGGGCGACUGCGAGCCGCGGUGCAGCAGGACGGGCUACUUCCGCAACCCAGGCGACUGCAACAAGUUCUACCGUUGUGUAGACUUCUACCAGAAGGGGUCCUACGUCAUCUUCCACUUCGAUUGUCCCGCUGGACUGGUCUUCGACGAAAGGUACAGCGUCUGCAAUUGGCCGCACGACGCCCCGCCUUGCGACAGCUCAGGGGGCGAAGGAGGCGCGGGAAGCUGCGCUCCGAGUCGGGGACCCUCACCACCGUCCGGCCCAUCGGAACCGCAGCCCGGCCCUCAACCCCAGCCUCAACCCCGGCCACCGCAGCCACCUAUGCCACCUCCGAGGCCAGCUGACUCAUCGGUGUGCAAGCGGACAGGCUUCUUUCGAGACCCUGCAGACUGUCACAAGUUCUAUCGUUGCGUUGACCCGUACCAGAACGGGAAACUUCAGGCAGUUCACUUCGACUGCCCGGCGGGACUAGUAUUCGACGAGAGGUACAGCGUCUGCAACUGGGCUCACGAUGCUCCUCCCUGUGACGGUGAGCCCGAAAGGCCAGACCAGCCGAGCAGGCCAGAACCCAUAGAGACGUCAACGCCUUGUGACAAGACGACCUCCAGCGACGAGGAGUCGACCACUGCGGCGAUGUCGACGGAGGCCACAACUGCGAUGGAGUCGACAACGGCCGCAGCAACGACCCCGGCAGAAUCGACGACCGCGGAGGAAAGCACGACCGCAGCCGCGACGACGGAGGCUCCGAUGACCACAACGCCGUCCAGACGACAGGCCAAGAAACUCGAUGAUCUCAUCUGCGACCGCAUGGGCAACUUCGCUUUCGAGGGCGAUUGCAUCCACUUUUACCGUUGCACCAGCAACAAGAAACAGAAGGCCGAGUUGUUUAAGUGCCCCGAUAAGUAUGUGUUUGAUCCGAAGAUCGAGUUCUGCCGGCGCAAGCGAAAGAGCUUCAAGUGCGACAAGACGCCGUCCGAAGAACUUAUGGCCCGACUUCCAGCAAACUUCAUGCAGUCAGCCAUUGAAGCUGGACCGGGCUUCUUAUGGGAUUGA